GAUCUGCGUGUGUGUCGUUUUUCAUGUUGGGAAGAAGGACGUCGUGUAAGGACUUGAUGUUCGUACUGUUUUUGCUUGGAUGUUUCCACGAUUCACUCGAGAAGCCGUUUAGUGGAGAAUCUCUGUCCCCUGUGAUUUUGAUGCCUGGUGAUGGAGGGAGCCAGUUCUUCGCCAAGCUGAAUAAAACAAAUGUUCCACAUGUUUUCUGUGAAAAGCAAACAUCUGACUAUUUCAAUCUGUGGUUGAAUGUUUAUGAAUUAGCACCGUACUUGAUCGACUGUUUUACAGAUAAUAUGAGGUUAGUAUAUGACCGCAAGACCCACACUACCCACAAUGCACCAGGGGUUGAUAUACAGAUCCGAGGCUGGGGUGACACUGAGACCGUGGAGUGGCUAGAUCCCUCACACUUUGGGUUCACCAGUUACUUCUACUACAUUGCUGAGGAUUUAGAAUCAUGGGGAUAUAAGCGAGGAGUCUCCCUCAGAGGUGCACCAUAUGACUUCCGCAAGGCACCAAAUGAGAUGGGAGGCAUGUACAAGAAGCUCCAGGCUUUGAUAGAGGAUACCUACACCCUUAAUAACAACACUCCAGUAACACUCCUUGGUCACAGCAUGGGGAACCCUGUCACACUCUACUUCCUCAACCACAUGCCACAGGUCUGGAAAGACAAGUACAUCAAAAGAUUUAUCAGUCUGGCUGGUGUGUGGGCAGGUGUCAUCAAAACUCUCAGACUCUUCGCUUCAGGUGAUAACUUGGAUGUGUAUGUGGUGGAAGCUCUAAAGGCACGGUUAGAACAAAGGUCAAUGGCCAGUACAGCAUGGUUAAUGCCCUCUGACCUUUACUGGGAAGCUGAUGAAAUCUUGGUCUCACGUCCAGAGAAGAAUUAUACAGUGAAGGACUUCAAACAGUUCUUCUUGGAUCUUAACUAUACUGAUGGCUAUGACAUGUUCCUUGAUACAAAAGAUCUGACUAGAGACCUCACCCCACCAGGUGUGGAAGUCCACUGCCUACAUGGCUACAACCUGACCACACCAGGAAGGUUGGUGUACGGUCCAAACAUGUGGCCAGACUCGCAGCCUAAAGUGAUUCCAGAUGAUGGAGAUGGUACAGUCAAUAUACGAAGUCUAAUUGCUUGUAAAAAGUGGAUAGGAAAACAGAAACAGAAAGUCUACCAUCAACAGUUUAUCCACGCAGAACAUAUGGAGAUUUUAAGGGAUGUUAGGAUAAACGCAUAUUUAAAAUCUGUUCUUUUGUCCUAAAAGGGAAUUUUUAAUUAUAUACAUACAAUGUAACUUAUAUAUGGUAUAUAUAUAAGCAUUUACCUAUAGAUCAUACAUGUACCAUCUCCCUCCAUUUUCUUAUUUGUCUUUCAUGUUAGCAGGGAAAGAUUCCUGUUGACCCGAAGAGUAUAAUAGAUUAUAACUUAAGAACAUUGAAUUGAGUGAUGUCUCAAUGCUAGGGUGACAUCAUGAAUCAGAACACUUUUACAACAUAGAGUAGAUACAUAUAUAAUCACAUGUCAUUAGGUUCAAACAUUGAUUUUAUAAAACAUUAGAAAACUAGAACUGAUAUUAUCUAAUUUAAUCAAUUGCUGAAUUAUUCAAGACCUGUUCUCUUUGAUAUGUGAUUCUGUAGGUUUGUACCUGUAGAUAGCUAGUGAUGUGGCCAUGGACCAACAUGAUAUUCAUACACUACCCAUGUGUAUUUAUUUUCAAACAGUUGAAAAUACAAUAAUAUGGGAUCUUGAACUGAAAAUAUAGGUGGUAGAAAAAUGAUCAUUCCCUAACCUUAAAUGUAUAACAAAAAUAUCUCUGCCCUCUUCAUAAGAAUCUUGAAUAUCGCACCCUAAAAUGAGCCUCUGGCCUGACACUGCUGACAGUUUGGAAGACUUCUUUCUACUCUUUAGCAAUAACUGAACGCUGAUGUUUAGCAAUGAAGCAGAAAUUGUUAAUAUCAUUUAAUGCAGUGAUAUUUGGUGAAAAUAUAAAUUCAAAGUGCCUUGAUAGUUCCUAAAUUGGUAUCAGUAGUUCUAAAAUUGGUAUCUGUAGUUCUAACAUUGGUAUUGGUAGUUCUAACAUUGGUAUCAGUAGUUCUAACAUUAGUAUCAGUAGUUCUAACAUUGGUAUCGGUAGUUCUAACAUUGGUAUCAGUAGUUCUAACAUUGGUAUCAGUAGUUCUAACAUUGGUAUCAGUAGUUCUAACAUUAGUAUCAGUAGUUCUAACAUUGGUAUCGGUAGUUCUAACAUUGGUAUCAGUAGUUCUAACAUUGGUAUCAGUAGUUCUAACAUUGGAAUAAAAUGCAUGUCUACUCUUAUAAUUCCAUAUAAAUAUUUUUAAAAACAUCUCUAUUUUACACCAGAAAACAGAUACAUCAACUUCUACUACUCUAGUUGGCCCGGUUAGGUGUUUGGAUGUCUUAAAUUACUGUGAGAGGAAAUCAAAGUACUCAGAGAAAACCCACUUGAUGAGGCAGGUGUCCCUCCUACCUUUACAUUUGAUAGUACAUUGUACCUUGGUAAUGCAGGAGAUUUACUGGUGAUUUCUUAUUCCACAAAUGGCUAACUGGUUUUGACUCUAAAUUAACAGACGUUUUGGUGAAUGUUGUGAUAGAGUGUCAUUUUAAGUGCUUUUUUAUUGGUGCAAAAUUUUGUUAAUAUUUGCUCAAAUAUUUUUACAAUUUUUUAGGAAUUGUGGUAUAACAUACCGGUAUAUAUUUAUGUACAUUUUGAUUAUGAUGCUGUUAUGUUUGUGUAAAUGGAGAUCUCAAGGCUUAAGGUAUUAAGGUAUAUUAAUUGAGAUCUGUAUUUGUUUAGCGAUACACCUGUUUGUUAUUGUAGUAAAGAUCUGAGGAUUACCCAGUUAUCAAAGAUCAAAGUACCGGAUAGUUUAUUGGGUAAGCUGGUAAUUGGUGUUAUUCACUGAUUUUUGGAAAAGUAUUAUAUAUUUCAGUGAUAAGUAUGAUAAGUAAUCCGUAAUUUUUCAAACACUCCGUGAUCCAGUACAUUUCUAAAUACAUCAUUUUAUCAGCAGUAACAGUAUUGAUAUCUGGAUCCCCACCACUACCACCACUACCACCACCCCACCACUACCACUGGUACCACUCCAUCCACAAAGACCAAAGUAAACUGUAAUGUACUUUACAUCAUUCGAUACCUGGCUAUGUAUAAAUUGAUAUCUUAAUCAUUAGGUGAUCCUCAGUGGCCUGAUAUAUAUAUAUAUUGGUAAUUACGUUUUUUCAUUUUUUUUUGUUUUUGUAUGCCAUCAUUAAAUAUGUCUUCAGAAUAGCAGCUAAUUGAUGUGUAGUCCUAGGCCAUUUACCUAUGCCUUGCCCAUACAUGUUGGUGCUUUUAUUGUGGAUGCCCUGGGUGCUUAUCCAUCAACUCUAUGUAUAUAACAUAGCACUACAUACACUAGUCGACAUCACUAGGGAACACCAGUACAUUUAUGCCACGUAGUGUUGGAGGCAACAGUCUGUAUCAAAAAUUUAUACAUUCAUGUUGAAAUUAUGUUCCAUUUAUCAUAGUGCAUUAUUAUUAUAUGCAUAUUAGUGCACACCAGUAUGUUUAGUAUGUAUAUCAUGUAAUCGUCCCUUUAUCCAGCUAUUUUUGUCCAUGUUGUUUUUGCAUGUCACUAGUCCCUAGUGUUAUAUACUGUGGAGCAUUUUUCAUUGGUUAACCCAGUCAGAAAUCAAUUGUGACCUCAUUGAUAUGAUGCCAGAGAUUGUGAACGGUGCAACCAAAUGGGUGUCUGUUUGAUAAAGUCCUCCUCAUUUUGACUUAAAAACCUUACAAAACAUAGGUUUUCUGAGUUAUCUGAUAAAAAGUAUCUUAAAUUUAUUUUCAUUUCAAAUGAGAUUUUAUGAGUUUUUAUAAGUUCAUAUUUUUGCUCGGCAAGAUGCACAAAAAUAAAAAUGUGUAUGACUUGUUUCAUAAAAUCUGAUAUGAAAUGAAAAUUCAUUCAAAUUGAUGAUCCUGAUUAUAUAUGUUAAUUGUACCUCUGUCUAAACCAUAUCCUUUGUGCCAUUCAAGUCAACAAAACCAAAGCCAUCAUUGAGAUCCAAUUGUACUGUUACUGUAAUGCAAGAAUAAAGAAAUGAAAGUAAUAAAAAAAUGAUAUAUAAUUAUAUUAUCCCAUAAUUUGUCACUAGAAAGUCCAGUCAAUGGUGAUUUGUCGAAUAUUAAGGUUAAACAAUUCAAACUAAUGUUUAUGUGAGUGUUUUACCACCUUUCAAAUGUAUACAUGCUCGGAUACCAAACCUUCCUGUCAAUGGACAGUGCUAUAUUUUACAACUAUCAUAAGUUAAAAUCCUUGUGCUACAUAUAUAUUAAUUCCUGUUUUCCUUUUCCUCUCAAAGUCUUGUCUCAUGAAUCUGAAAAGAUCUGUUUAUGUGGCAUUAUCUGUAAUGGCAAGUUAAUGUUUGAUUUGCUUUUGAUUUAAAUGUAUUUUAUAUAGAUUUGUUCUGGAGCAUUUAUUAAGAUUUACAUCCUAGCUAACACUGCAUAACCGCAUCCAUUAUUUUCUACCUCAUGAACAGGUGCUUGACUCGUUUUUUAAAAUAAUAACAUAAAAGAGUACAUCUCAUUUAUAUGUACUCUUAUAUGUUAUUAUUUUAUAAAACUAGUCAGGCACCUGUGCCUUAUGUACAUGUUAGAUCAUUGCUCACAACUCAGAUUGUCAUUGUUAUUCCUGUCUUAAGACAAGUGAUUUUAUUUAUGCAUAAUAAUUGUAAAGCACAAAACACAGUGAACUACCUUUAGAAUGUGAUGUAUUAUAUAUAUAAAAAUUAUCAGUCAGAGAAAUACUACACUUGUUAUAUACCAAGACAGAAUAUUGAUAUGUUAGUACAAGGGAGAUCAAUCAUACACAUUUUGGGUUUUGUCUGUUUGUGUAUAUAUGUACUAGAAAAUUAAUGCUUCAAUAAAUGAUCAGUUUGUUAAACUGUUUCAUAUGUUCAUCAAA